GUCCUGCGUUCCUUGUGACGUCGCAACAAAUGCGACAGUCCUGUAGUAAUACUUGACGCUGAUAUAUAAAGUUUGCACUAGAAAAGCUUUUUCGAGUUGGAGUUUUACAUCUGCGUGCUUCAAAAUGAGCGACGACACGGACUCCCCUCCCGAGAGGGAGAUGAAGGACUUUCAGUUCCGACAGAUGAAAAAAGCCAAAGUUUUCGAGCCUUCGGGCGAAAUGCCAAGAGAGCGUUCCAGCUUGCUCGCCAUCUCCAACAAGUUCGGCCUGACGUUCGCCGGCUCUGGCGGAAUGUUCAAGGUCUACCGGACGCAAGACAUCCUCGCCGCCGACAAACAGGACGGCACCUCCAACACAAUAGUUGAUGGAAUCUCAGCACUGGUGGAUGUGAAGGUGGAAUCAGCGCUGCAUAACAUAGCUCUCAGCGGUGACGAGCUUACGCUGUCUGUAUGCGCCGCCUCGGAGGAAGCCACGCUGUCCGUCAGCUUCUUCGACGUCCGUACCUUCGUUAACGAGGCCCGACCGCAGAAGUUACCUUUCGCCUCGUGGCAGCCAACCGUGCCCCCAGAGACUCUGGUGCUGGACCUUAAGUGGAAUCCCACUCAGGCGUCCAUGUUGGCCGCUUGCCUGUCUGAUGGCACCAUGUCCAUCAUGGAGGUUGCUGACGACGUUAGAGUGCAGGCCGCUCUCCCCGCCUCCAGCGGCGUCACGUGCCUUUGCUGGAGCCCCAAAGGAAAACAGGUCGCUGUGGGGAAAAUGAAUGGCACCGUCAGCCAGUAUACUCCAGCACUAGAGGAAAAGAAAGUGAUCCCCUGUCCGCACUUUUACACCUCUGAUAACCCCGUCAAAGUUCUUGAUGUGUUGUGGUUGAGGACGUAUUCAUUUGCUGUGGUCUACGCUGCUGCCGAUGGCUCCCCAGAAACUCCACCCGAGCUUGUGUUGAUCACUAUUCCCCAGAAAAAGGAUGAAAAAGUGGAAACCAAGUACUUGAACUUCAGUGACACUGUGUACGGCUGCUGCACGGUGCGACAGCACCACUACUUCCUCAGUCACAUAGAAGACUGGAACGUUGUUUUGGCCGCGUCUGCAGCCUCCAUCGAAGUCAGCGUCAUAGCCAGACAAGAUGACAAGAUCUGGGAGCUCUGGGUGCUGGAGGACGCUAGCAGGGCUGAGCUGCCUGUCUCUGAGACCAGCGAAGACACGCUGCCCCUUGGCUUAGCCAUCGACUACACCAGCCAGCAGGAGAUCCGCAUCAGCGAUGAAAAGACUUUGCCCCCGGCUCCCACUCUGCUCAUGCUAUCCACCGAGGGAUUGCUUUGCCCAUUUGCACUGCUGAACCUCAACCCCGGAAUCAAGCAGCUAAUCACACCCUGCGCCGCCCUGACAACGGAGGGCGAGAGAUCCCCCAAGCCAGGUUCUUUGGCAGUGCAGCCCCCCAAAUCUGCUGCACCCCCCGCGUCUGCCUUCCCAAACCUCGCUGUUACUUCAGUGGCUGCCUCAUCAUCUGCUGCACCGCUCUUUGGCCUUGUUCUUACACCUCCCACAUCAUCAUCAUCAGGCUUCACUUUCUCCAUCCCGCCCAUCAGCGGCAACUUGGCCCCUCCCACCUUUUCCCUUGGCUCGUCCAUGCCUAUCGGCUCAGGUGUCCCUGGCUUCUCGUUCGCCGCUGCCAAGCCUCCCACCGAAACCCCCUCGGCGUUCUCGUUCAGCACGCUCUCAAAUAAAGUCGCUGUCCCGACACCCCAGAACCUCGCCACUCCCUCCAUUCCCGCAGUCAAACUCAAUUUAAAUGACAGGUUUUCAGCAGUUGAAGCUCCAGCAGCCCUUCCACCCUCUUUCUCGUUCAUGACAUCUAUGCCCAAAAGUGUUGUCUCUAACGGCAGUGUGCCUGCCCUUGCUGCUAUCACCACCAAGCCAGCGACAGUGUCAAUUCAAACCAGCACAUCACCUGUAGGACUCCAAAAACCAUCCCCAGCUCCCCAGGGCCGCAUCCAAACCACACAGCAGGUUGCAACAGAGGGACUGGAAGAGUCACAGAAAGGCAUAGAGUUACAGGCAGCUGGAGUCGGAGUAAAGCCGGUGGAGAAGCAGCAGCCUCCGCCAAAGAAAGAAUUUGAUCCCAUCAUGACUGGAAUACUGGAGGAGAUUUCACACUUCCAAAAGGAACUGGAGGAUUUUAAGGCAAGGAGCUCGAUGGCCGACUUUAAGGUUGGAACCAACGAGGAGAUGAAGGAACUGAGAAAAGAGUCUGAGGAUCUGAACAUUUUCACCCUGGAGAUUAAGGAAACCACAGAGUCUCUGCACAGCGACAUUGGUACACUGAAGACCACUCUACUGGAGGGUUUCGCCGGGGGAGAGGAAGCAAAGUCCCAGAGUGAGCUCAGCAGGGACCGAAAUUACAGACAACUGCUGUACAAAAGACCCCUGGACCCGCGCAGUGAAGAACAGCUCAGGGAGAUUCGCCGGCUCUACCAGUACGUCAUGUUCGCCGUGGAGGACGUCAACGGUGUUCUGGAUGUGGAAUGGGAGAAACACUUGGAGAAGAAAAGGCACCUUGUGGUGCCUGGGCGUGAAGGUCUGUUCACCACGCUGGCCAACAACCUGUACAUCAUCAACCAGCAGAAGAACAGAUUGGACCAGCUGGUCAACAAGCUCACCUCACUGCAUCUCUACAAUAAGACAGAAGCUCCCAUGGCCAACAGCAACAUGGCUAAGUCCGGAAGUAUGGAAAGCGAGCUUGAUAGUUUGAGGGAUGCCCUGCUGAAGGCCCGGCUAGACACCGCCUCUCCUAAAGCCAAAAGCCCAUCACCAGUCAAGAUAUCGCCAGUUAAACAGUCCCAACUGCGUAACUUCCUCUCCAAGGGGCACAUGCCUCCUGUUCGCUCAACUGCACCAGCCAACCUGUCCCGCUCGGUCUUCCUGUCGCCCAAAUACUACGAAGACCUGGAUGACGUGAGCUCCACCUCGUCCCUUUCGCAGUCCAUGGAGCCUCACCUGCCUCACUUGGAGGUUGAGGAGGAGGAAGAGGAGGAGCUGCAGCCCGAGUGCCUACCUAUGGCCGCCGCCGCCGCCGCCCCUCCUUCGUACCCCCGACACCCCACUGUGGUGAGGACCCCCUCCAUCCAGCCCGGCUUCGGAGCCAUCCAGUCCACGCCCUUGAGCAAAAUGCAGUCAGUGCCAGGCAUGGGCUUUGGGCUGAGCCCUUUUGCCAGCCCUAUUCCCACCAAUAAGAUCAACCUGAGUGGCGCUGAGAGCACAGCCCUUGCCACCAAGACAGUCAAGCAUGGUGCACCGCCUGCCGAGAGGACCGUGCCCGUUACCAUCCCAGCCCAGCAGGCCGCUGCCACGGCUGCCCUCCGUAGGCUGAUGGCAAAUCAGAAGAUGGGCGUUAGCACCUCCUUGACAGAGUCCGCCUUAAAAACCGUACCCCAAGUGGUCAACGUCCAGGAGCUGAAGGACAAAGGGGCUCCUGUGUCAACUCUCGCCACUAUCAGUUCAUCAACAACAGACCCAGCAGCUGUGCCCCUGCAGGUUCCUGCUCCAACUGCAUCCAUCCUGCCCAAACGAAAUCCAGUCAUUGGUGUGCAAAAGCCAACCAUGGAAAGCACAAGCGCUCCACAAGCGAACUUCAUGUUUGGUCAGUUUACCAAAGCUGACACAGCCGUUGCUCCUACUAGCUCAGCUGAGUUGAAUAUCAGCAAAGGUUUCUCCUUCACUUCAACCCCAUCAAGCUUCAGUUUUUCAUCAGUCACUCCAGCAGCUGGAAUACCACCAGUGAAGGAUAUGAGUGAGUUCUCCUUUGUUGGAAAUGGCAAGAUGAUAUUUGGUCAGACCGUAGAGGAGCCAUCAAAGUCCUCCUCGGCUGCCCUAACUGCUGCUGCGUCGGCCACACAGCCUCCAUCAACGGAAACCCCCAUACCCGUUUCUACAAUAGCUUCUGCCAGGAUACAACCUCAGCCCCCUAAAACAACCGCAGGAGAAACUUUAGGCAGUUUCUCCGGGCUACGUGUUGGUCAAGGAGAAGACGCUAAAGAUUCCCCUGCCAAAUCGACCCCUGCAAACAGCGCUUUCACAUUUGGAGGGACUGGAAUUGGCAAAGGAACGGUGCAGUUCAGUUUUGGCGGCGAUCGAAACUCCGCUGGAGACUCUCUUGAAACCGACUUAUCCAAGUCUAGUAGUUUGUUCAAACCUCCAGAGACCACCCCCAAGCUGACCUUCUGCGUGAGCGCGUCCAACACCCCUGCCUCGGGGAUGCAGACAUCUUUCAGCAGCCUCCUUGCGGCCGCCGAACCAACGGAAGACCUCAAACCAGUCCUGCAACCUUCAGAUCUCCCAUCGCCGCCUGAAAAAAGCUCUUCUCCAGAGCCUUCUGUCAUGGGUGUCACACCGUUAGAAACACCCAAGCCUUCACCAGAUGCGCCCGCCAUUAAAGAGCCUGAUGCUGUUCCGGAUGUUCCCGCUUCAGUCUCAGCAGCGGAGGCAACCCCACCGGCUCCAGCAGUCAUCGUGGCAGACGCUAACCUGAGUGUCACAUCGGUUGCCCCUGUGGUUCCCGUCUCCCAAGUAGCCCCAGCGGCAUUCCAGGUGUCCACUCCUGAGAAGCCCGGGUCCAUUUUCACUCAGCCCACGACGAGUGAUAGGAGCUCUCCCGCUGUGACUGCAGCCGUAAACGCGACUGCUGCCCCUGAGGCUGCUGUCCCCACGGCGGCUGACACCGCGAGUGCUGCCCCCUCUGCCGGCACCGUCACGGAUGGCAACCCCGCUUUUUCAGUCGCUUCUACCACCAGUGUUGCCACUGUGUUCGGACAACCUGCCGCAACCCCUGCGGUCUCCACAGCCCCCUCAGCGUUUGGCUCGUCCACCUUCGGCACAUCAACUGCAGGCGGAUUCGGCAAGUCAGUUUUCGGUCAACCGAGCGCCUUUGGCCAGCCCACCAGCAACACAGCAACGGCCGGUGGCUUCUCCUUUGGACAGUCCGCAUUCGGCGCAAGCACCAGUGCCGCCACCACCGGAGGAGGCAGUCUUUUCGGAGCAUCCACACCGAGCAACGCCAGUUCCUUUUCUUUCGGCACGAGCACAAAUGCCAACACAUCCAGCAGCACUGGCACCGGACUGUUUGGACAGAGCACCACCUCCGCAUUCGGACAGAGCUCCACGUUUGGACAAGGGUCUCUAUUUGGGAGCAACACCACCACAUCCUCCUCUACAGGAUUCAGCUUUGGUCAGCCAUCAGGUUUUGGAUCCUCUCCUUCAUCUGGGUUUGGCCAGCAAGCCAACACGGGGAGUGUAUUUGGAAGGCUGCAGCAGCCGUCGAGCGGAGGUCUGUUCGGUUCCAACGCCACCAGUGCAGCAGGUUCACCAGGCGGCAGCCUCUUCAGCGGCCUGGGAGGCAAGCCGAGUGAAGACGCCGCCAACAAGAAUCCAUUUGGUCUGACUGCUUCCCCUGGAGGGUUUGGGCAACCUACUCAGACUGGUACCCCCAGUCUCUUUGGUAGUACUGUAGCCAAACCAAUGGGAUUUGGACAGGCCUCCUUUGGGGAACAGAAACCCAGCGGGACCUUCAGUUCUGGUGCGGGGACUGUUGCUUCCCAGGGCUUUGGAUCCUUCGCCAGCCCAACAAAACCAGGUGGAUUCGGCAGUGCACCGGUGUUCGGGAGUCCCCACACCUUUGGCACUUCACCGUCAUUUGGCACUAGUGCGGCAUUCAGUGCCAGUCCUUCCUUCAGUAACACCAUGGGCUCCUCCGCCGGGAAGGUGUUUGGAGAGGGAACGGCCGCUUCCAAUAUGGGCGGAUUUGGGUUCGCCUCGCCAUCUGGCACAUCGUCCUUCGGAGCGCUAGCGAAUCAGAGCGCCCAGCCGUCGUUUGGGAGUCUGGCCCAGCAGGGACCUGGCUUCGGUGCUCAGCCUGGCGGCUUCGCGGGCUUCGGACAGCAGCCGCAACCUGGAGGCUUCUCUGGAAAUACCUUUGGCUCCACAAACCAAUCAGGCUCCCAAACGUUUGCCGGUUGGAGAAGCUAGUUUUACUGAUGCUACACAAGCUCACAAUUGGACUUGACUUUUCUGCUUUCUAGCUCUUUUUUUAUUUUAUGUCGCCUGAAGGGAAAGUUGUAGAAUUUUACAACAAACGUUUUACAUGCUUUUCAUUGAUUAAAACAGUCAGAAUAUCAAGAAA